AUGAGCGGUCCGUCUUACGGCGUCCAGGCACCGAAGCCACUGUUCCCGGCCAUCUCGUUGCUGAGGGGCGUCUUGCUCUGUGCGCUGGGGCUCGUGGUCGGUUAUCUGGUUUAUCGUUACGUUCGCCGAUGGGUCAAAGUGUGGAAGGCCCUCAGGCCGCUGCCCGGACCCACGGACAAGCAUCCCCUCUGGUUCAUGUUCGCCACUUACAUGUCGCGGCGGAAACGCUUCACCCAGCAGGACGCCACAUUCGAGUUUUCCGAGAGCGUGCGUGGACUGUGUGAGAUGUUCAAAAACCGGACGUUCAAGGCAUACAUCGCAGCUGUUCCAAUCGUCGUGAUUCAAACGGCCGAACACGCUGAGGUGCUGCUAUCCAGUGCCGUCAACCUGAACAAGCCGUUCUUUUACACAUUCACAAUACCCUGGCUGGGACCGCGAAAUCUCCUCUACGUCGCUGGCGACAUCUGGCGCGCAAAGCGGAAAGUGCAGACUCCGGGAUUCCACUUCAAGAUCCUGGAAAAGUUCAUGGACAUUUUUAACGAGCACGCGGACGCCAUGUCGGAGACGUUGCACGACAUGUCGGUCAAGAACGAGCAAGUUCGGAUCAACGACGUCACCAAAAGGUGCAGCCUCGACGUCAUCGGAGAAGCCCUACUUGGAAUCAACCUCAACACGCAGAAAAACGAGAACGGGACGUAUGGAGAGUAUAUCGGAGGCAUCACUUUUCUCAUGACAAUACGUGCCUUCAGACCAUGGAUGUGGCUGACGUCAGUCUAUAACUGGUCUCUGGAGGGACAGUGGUUCAAGAAAAUGAUACACGGAGUCGACACGUUCAGUUUGAAAGUGAUGAAAGAGCGGAAAGAAACAUUCCACCUGUUCAAGAACCAAAGCAACCCGGACGGCCCGGAAGAUGAGGACGACGCCAAACCAGAAAGGCGCGUGGCCAUCGUGGACAUUCUUCUGGAUAAGCAUCUUAAGGACCAGAGUUACACCCUUCACGAGAUACGAAAAGACCUGGACUUGCUCCUCUUCGCUGGUCACGACACCAUCUCCAACGCCAUGGCAUGGACCUUGUACUUGCUGGGUCUUUAUCCGCAAAAACAGCGCAAGGUCCAGCGAGAGCUCGACGAGAUCUUCAAGGACAAUCCGGACAGGGAGGUGACAAUGGACGACCUCCGCCGGAUGAAGUACCUCGAGGCUUGUCUCAAGGAAGCAAUGCGUCUCUUCCCUCCCAUUCCGUACAUUGGGAGGGUUCUGGUCGAAGACAUCGAAUUGGACGGUGUUGUGAUUCCGAAAGGCGUCACAUGCUGGAUAAGCAUCUUCACGCUGCACAGAAACGAAAAGUAUUUCCACAAGCCCGAAGAAUACAUCCCAGAACGAUUUCUAACGGAGGAGUUCACAAGUCGACAUCCGUUCUGUUACAUUCCCUUCUCGGCUGGUUCGAAGAACUGCAUUGGUCAGCGUUUCGCAAUGCGCGAGGGAAAAGUAAUCCUCGCCAAGGUGCUCCGCAGUCACACCUUCAAGGCGACCCGACCCCUGGACAAGCUCAAGAUCUCGUGCGAAGUGGUGACCAAAGCCAAGGGCGGACUCCGAGUACACGUGAAAAAGCGACUUCCCGGGGAUUACGAGUGUCCGAAGGUCUGCUAA